AUGACGACCCCUGAACUCACCGCUAGCGAUUUGAAGGCAAUUCUAGGUUUCACGGUCUCUCUUGCGCGCAAGGCAGGCGAUCUUAUCCUCGAAGGCUCUGCAGCUAUCCAGUCUGCGUCAUCGGAGUCAGACGUGGGCGAGAAGAAAAACGCAGUAGACCUUGUCACAGAAUACGAUGUUGGAGUGGAGGAGUUGGUGAAGAAGGAACUGAAAAGUCAAUACCCGACCUUCAACUUCGUCGGAGAAGAGUCGUACUCCGCUGGCUCCCGACCACCAUUGACGGAUGAGCCCACUUUUUGUGUCGACCCCAUCGAUGGAACAACCAAUUUCAUCCAUGGUUUCCCUUUUGCGUGCAUUUCCCUCGGUCUCAUAUACAAACGUCGUCCUGUUCUGGGAGUAAUAUUCAAUCCGUUCCUUGAUCAUCUGUACACAGGCAUUAAAGGUCAAGGGUCUUACCUGACCAAGCCCAAUGCACAACCCCUUAAACUGCCUUUGUCUCAACCACCCAAGCCCCUCCCCUCUCUCAGUCAAGCAUUGAUUGCUGUUGAAUGGGGAUCGGAUCGGACUCUAACCACGAUCAACACGAAGUCAAACUCUUUCUCUCGACUGGCCGGAAACUCCGCCCAAGGAGUGAUUGGCGGGAAAAUGGCACAUUCACUCAGAUCAAUGGGUAGCGCCGCCCUCAAUUUUGCUAUGGUUGCUCAAGGAGGAUUAGAUCUUUACUGGGAGAUCGGGUGUUGGCCUUGGGAUGUAUGCGCGGGAAUCGUCAUAGCAGAAGAAGCAGGUGGUGUGGUUUCUGGCUCUCAUUCUGCCUUCUUGCAAUCGUCGAACGAGAAUUUCGGUGCUGUAACGGAGGAACUCCUGACUGGGAGAAAGUACAUUGUUGUCCGUGCUAUUGGCGAUACACCAGAUGAAAACUGUUUAGAUGCUCAGAAACGCAUUAUCAGAGAGUUCUACGCGACUGUCGAAGACGUAGAAGCAAACUAG